AUGCCGUCUGCUCCAAACGAGACAAAACCGAGCUCUGCUCAGAGCUCAAAGCCUUCGUCUAUCAAGUCAUCGCACGAAGGGGGAAAGAGGUCGCCUACCCUGGCUUCGCAGGCCGGGUCUGAGAGACUCUCCCCCUCGCCAAGCGAGACUCAGCUGAAGCCUCUCCCCGAGAAGGCCUCAGUCAAGGAUCGCCUUUCGCGCAUGUUCUCCAGCAAGGACGUCACCAAGGUCAGCGCCAAUGGCGAUAUUACUCCUCGCUCCCGCGGCCCUUCGGUCAGCGGCGCUUCCACCCCAGUGCCGCGGAAAGAAUCAAUAGAGAAGCCCGCCGAAAAGCUCCCCGCCGCCAAACCGAAAGAGCCCGUCAAACCCAAGGAACCCUCAAGUCGCUUCACCACCAUGGCCGACGCCCCAGGCGGGCACGAGCACUUCCUGAGAUCUAGCCGUAGGCAGGAGAAGCUGUCCGACAUGUGGCGUAGCAUCAUCGGAAAGAAGCAAGAACCCCCGCCUGAGAACGACCUCUCGCUCGUCUCCAACUGGGUCGAUUCGCUCCGUCAAGAGAAAGAAGAGGCCAUCGACAAGAAGGGCGGACCCCACGCUACCUCGACCCUGGUGGAGAAGUACGGCAAGUGCCAAGAAAUCGUUGGCCGAGGCGCCUUUGGCAUCGUCAGGAUAUCCCACAAAAAGGUUGGCAGCAGCGGCGAGAAGCUGUUCGCCGUCAAGGAGUUCCGCCGACGACCUGACGAGUCGGAGAAGAAGUACAGCAAGCGCCUUACGGCCGAGUUCUGCAUCUCGUCUUCCCUGCGCCACCCCAACGUCAUCCACACCCUCGACCUGCUCAAGGACGCCAAGGGCGACUACUGCGAGGUCAUGGAGUUUUGUGCCGGCGGGGACCUGUACACUCUCAUCCUGUCGAGCGGCAAGCUCGAGGUCCAAGAGGCCGACUGCUUCUUCAAGCAGAUGAUGAGGGGCGUCGAGUACCUCCACGAGAUGGGUGUUGCCCACCGUGACCUCAAGCCCGAGAACCUGCUGCUCACCACGCGCGGCGCCCUGAAGAUCACCGACUUCGGCAACGGCGAGUGCUUCCGCAUGGCCUGGGAGACAGAUGCCCACAUGGUCUCUGGCCUCUGCGGAUCGGCCCCUUACAUCGCUCCCGAGGAGUACACUGACAAGGAGUUUGACGCUCGCGCCGUCGAUGUUUGGGCCUGCGGUGUCAUUUACAUGGCCAUGCGCACCGGAAGACACCUAUGGCGUGUCGCCAAGAAGGACGACGAUGAGUUUUACUUCCGCUACCUGGAGGGCCGCCGCGAUGAAGAGGGCUACGGCCCAAUCGAGUCAUUACACAGGGCUCGUUGUCGCAACGUCAUAUACUCCGUGUUGGAUCCCCAUCCGACACGUCGUCUCACGGCUGCUCAGGUCCUCAAAUCUGAGUGGGUUCGUGAGAUCAAACUUUGCAAGGCCGGUGAAGAAGGCCUCUGA